CCUGGAGAUGACGGGAGACUGGGAUAGAUGGGUUGAAUAAGAGAAAAAUUUAACAUUCUUGAAGCAUCAGUCAGCCUCAACACACCUCGGAGGACGGGUAAACAAGUGUAGGAGGGCAAGCAAUUAUAAAAAGGAAAAGUUUUUUGGGGAAGGCACACAUAAUUUGGCCUCCCUUGUUGCCAGGGGUUCUUCUUUUGCCAAAACACACCAGGUGACUAUGGAAUGGAUAUUAUAAGUAAGAAAAGCUACCGGGAAGGUGGGGAUUCAGCAGGAAGAGGCUAUUCAGAAACAGUAACAACUUCAUCAAGACUAGUGUCACUACCACCAAAAGGAGCAAACACUAGUGGUUCCAAAAUCUCAUACCAGGUGGGAGGAGGUGGUGGGGAUAAGAAGACCCUGGUACAAAGCAGCAGUAGUUACGUCACAUCAGCUACAGGCGGCAGCUCAAAAGUUAAUAUUAGCACCUCGGGAUCAAGAUACGCCCAGUCCCCCAAUUCUACCCUCUCAGUAUCACCAAACUCCACUUUCGAUAGGAAGGCUUACAUCUCCAGUUCUCGCCAAGCGGGUUAUGAAGGAAGUUCCAGUGGGAAUUCUUCACCGGAAUACACAAGAAAAGAAAUGGCAUCUUCUGCCACUAGAGGGCGCACUCAGAGCAGAGAAACUGAAAUCCGCACUCGGCUGCAGAGUGCAUCACCCUCUACAAGAUGGACAGAACUCGAUGAUGUGAAGAAACUGCUGAAGGGCGGCCGUUCCACCAGUGUGAGCCCCAGCAGAUCCCCAACCAAUACCCUUCCCAUCCCUAAGAAAGCUGCUGUGGAGACGAAGAUGGUAACAGAAAGCUCUCAGUCAGUUUCAGGGUCAUAUGACACCACCAUCUUAGAUUCGGCACUCCCAUCAUACAUGUGGACCUCCACGCUUCCUGCAGGGUCAUCUAUGGGUGGCUACCACAACAACAUGAAUGGCAUGGCCUAUGGGUCUUCUAUGAUGAAUGCCCAGUCCUCAGGAUCAGUAUUUGGAAUUCCCAACAAUCUGGCCCCCAGCUCUCCUACCUUACAUUCAGGACUUUCCUCCUCCUCUGCAGUAUUCGGUGUUCAAAAUAAUUUGGCCCCAUUACAAGCUCAAGGACCUACAUUAGCUGCUGCUCCCCUUGUCCACAGUGCAGUCCAAUCUGCACAUUCAGGAGGAUAUGGAGUGCAGAAGAAUAUCACACAAAACACACAAAGUGCAGGUGGAGUCGGCAGCACUCUCGCCUCAUCAGCUGUAACCAGCAGUAGAACUCAAGGUGAAGAAAUCCUCAGCAAAGAUUACAAGUUCCUUCUGCUGGAGAAGGAAAAAGCACCCGCUAAGAAGGAUGGAGACAUGCUGAUAAUGUCCAAAGACAGCGGAAAGGUCUUUACAGCUGCUAGCGUUGCCAGUUCAGGUUCAUAUGGUGAAGAAGCUCUAAAAAAAGAAAAAACGAUGACAACCAGUAUGGACACCUCAUAUAGAACAGAGGCUAAUGGAGGCCUAAGGGGAACCAAAGACAAAGCAACAUAUGCAGAGAUACACCGGGUAGAUGGCUUGAAGUCCGCCAAUGAUCAGUAUGUUGAAAGACAGGAUAGUGGAGUGGAUGGAGCCUGUGGACCAUGUGCCACCUGCUGCAAAUGGUGGAUGUGGGCGCUUGGGUUAAUCCUUGGACUAUUAUUCCUUUUGGGACUGCUCUUUGGACUGAUCACUCUUUGGCAAGAUGUGAAGAAUCUGAGGCAACGUGUAGACAAUAUGGAAGGCUCUGGCAGUGCGUUGGGGCGAUUGGAAUCUGGUCCUGUAUUACGCUCGGAUGUGAACCUAGCCAGUUCAAUUCCUGCUGGUGGCACGAUUACUGGUCUAUCUAAAGAUGAAGUCUGGUCCUACGUAAGGGAGAGGAUGUCGGCAGAAAGAGGAAACAUUGCUGGUUUGAGGGGUGAGCCUGGACCGAAAGGUGAUUCUGGAAUGCAAGGAGAGAAAGGUGACAGAGGAUAUCCAGGCUCACAAGGAACUCCGGGUCUCAUUGGUCAUCCUGGCACAGAGGGACCCAAAGGACAGAAAGGCAACGCAGGUGAUUCUGGUGUGGAAGGUCCACCUGGACAAAGAGGAAGGGAUGGCUUACCUGGAAAUCGUGGUGACCCUGGUUCACCAGGCGUAGGAGAAAAAGGAGACAGAGGUUUGCCAGGUGAACCAGGUGUGCCAGGUUUAGCUGGUGUUCCAGGACAAAUGGGACUAAAGGGUCUGCUGGGUCCUCAAGGUCCUCAAGGUCUUCCAGGUACUCCAGGGCAACAAGGUUACAAAGGUGAAGCUGGGAUUCCAGGACCUAAAGGUGAAAAGGGACUCCUUGGACCAUCUGGAGUUAAAGGUGACCAAGGAGACAAGGGAACCAGAGGUCUUCCAGGAGAUCCAGGGCCCAGAGGAUUACCAGGACCCUCAGGAGAAGCAGGAGCUAAGGGAUCAGCAGGUCCAUCUGGACCAGAUGGACAUCAAGGUCCAAGAGGUGAACAAGGAACUAUUGGAUUGCCUGGACAAAGAGGACCACCAGGAUCGUCAGGAGACCCCGGAAUUCCAGGACUUCCCGGAGCACAAGGCCCACCAGGACCACCUGGAACACCUGGACGAGGAGGAGCCAAAGGUGACCCCGGAGAUCCAGGAAGAGUUUCUUCAGAUUCUGGUACAUAUUACAUGCCCGGACCACCAGGACCAGCAGGACCUGUGGGUCCACCUGGAUCUCCAGGAGUCUCAGGUCCCAUUGGGCCAUCUGGUCUUCCUGGAACACCAGGUAUCAAAGGAGCCCGUGGUGACCCUGGUGAACCUGGUAUCUCUGUCACAAGAUCAGAUGCUUCAUUGAUGGCUCAGGCAAUGCCAGGACCUCCCGGACCACCAGGACCCCCAGGUGCUUCCAUACAAGGCCCACCAGGACAAGCAGGUUCUCAAGGUCCAGCAGGACCUCCAGGUCCAACAGGACUAGCAGGAGCAGCAGGUACACCAGGUGCAGCAGGUCCAGCAGGGCCACAGGGAGAAGCUAAACAGGGACCCCCAGGCCCAGCGGGUCCACCAGGUUCACCAGGCCCAGCAGGCCCAUCAGGCCCAGCAGGUCCAGCAGGUGCAGCAGGUGCAGCAGGAUCAGCAGAAGCUGCAGUUGUUGGCCCACCCGGACCUCCUGGCACACCAGGAAGUAAAGGAGACCCAGGUGAUCCUGGUCAAAGAGGUAUUCCAGGGCAACCAGGACAACCAGGUGAUCCAGGUCAACCAGGAAUUCCGGGAUCACAAGGCCGUGAUGCUGUUGGACCUCCCGGACCUCCAGGAGGCCCAGGAUCUCCAGGAUCACCUGGAUCUCCCGGAAGCCCAGGACAACCCGGACAACCAGGAGAGAGAGGUGAAGCUGGUAUUCCUGGUGCCCCUGGUAUUCCAGGAAGCUCCAGAGGUCCAGCUGGAGGAAGACCUGGUCAAGGUGCACCUGGUCCACCCGGUCCACCUGGUUCUCCCGGGCCACCUGGUCCUCCUGGUGAACCUGGCAGUUCUGCUCGUGGAGCAGAAGAAGUCCAACAGUACAUUGCUCAGUAUCUCCAAACAGGUGAAAAUGUCAGAAACUACCUUGUUGGACCGCAGGGACCACCAGGGCCACCAGGAGAUGUUGGACAAGAAGUGGACUAUGCAGAAUUGGCAAGCCGAGUUAUGAGUUAUAUAAGGGGUUCAGGAUUAACUUCAACUGAUGGAGCCGGAACAAUUCUAGGUCCAGCUGUAACUUAUGAAGAAAUCUUGUCCAUGCUGCAAAAUCAUGGGCUACAGAUUGGACUUCCGGGACCACCUGGCCCACCAGGAUUACCUGGAUCACAAUAUGGCGAUAUAACAGCUUUACUCCAAACUUCUGAAUUCAGAGGACUUGUUGGGCAACCAGGAUCACCAGGUCAGCCUGGCCGCCCAGGUCGCCCUGGCGCACAAGGCCUACAGGGCCCACCAGGACCCAUGGGACCACCAGGAAAUUCUGUAGCAAGCUUGACAGCUGGUUUCACUCCAGAGGACAUAGCAAGUUACCUGCAAAAUGUGCAACAUAUCGGAGGCCUUCAAGGACCACCUGGACCACCUGGGCCACCUGGACUACCAGGCAGCGGAAGCAGCAGUUUUGCCACCUUUGCUGAGGAUUCCAGGAGCGAUGUUUUACGGACUGAGCUUAUUGAAUAUCUAACAAGUGACAACAUCCGCCGAUACAUCUCUGGUCCUCCAGGACCACCUGGACCUCCUGGACCACGAGGAUUCAAGGGAGACAGUGGGGAACUUCGAUCAUCAUCUUCUUUAUCAUCAUCAUCCCUUUCAUCAGGCUCCUCAUACUCUUCUUCAUCAGGCUCCUCAUCAUUCUCCAUAGAUUAUAAUGAAGUGGCAUCUCGUGUAACAGAUCAAAUCCAGAGUCAAGGCCUUCUUGGAGAUAGCUCUUUCAGCCAGCAGAGAGUUUCUGUUCCUGGACCCCAAGGACCACCAGGACCACCCGGAAUCUGUCAGAUAUAUGCAACCCAUUCUAACAUCACCACUGAUCUUAUGGAACUCUUCAGAACCUAUGGAACCAUUGCCGGGCCACCAGGUCUGGCAGGACAGAAAGGAGAGAGGGGAUUCCGUGGUCUCAAAGGUGACAGAGGUGAACCAGGAAACCCUGGACCACAGGGACCAAGGGGUUAUACAGGAGAGAAGGGUGAAUCUAUAAUUGUAGGAAAAAGAAAAAGACGAAGCCUUGGUGUUUGACAAAACCAUCUCAGCAAGUGAUUUCCAGGAUCAUCUGCUGCUUAAUAUGAUGAGAGCCAUAAACUUAAGCUGAGAGUACAUCAAUCUUGUUUCUGUACACCCAGCAGUCCAAAUAGGAUCUGGACACAGUGCUCCUCCACAAGAACAUUUCAGAGCAACAACAAGCAAUAAUUUAUAUCAGCCACUAAACAUUUUGUCUUCAUUCUCCACCGAUUCCACUGAUACGAACAUUGUCUAUGACUUUGGAGAAAACUUAAAGAUGUGUAAAGAUAUUCAUUAUGUUUGUUAGUAUAUUCUCUAGAAAAAAAAGUUAAUUGUUAAUGCCAUAAUAACUUUAAAGAUUAACGGGCAUUAAAAAAAAUUCCUAAGCAGUGACCAGUUUAAGAGAUACAACCUGUAAUUCCUACUGGGGAUUGUGUAUCAACGAGGUGCAACAGAUUAAUUCAUUAAUGGAUAAUGAAAAACAAUCCCAUAUUCACCCUAAGAAUGUAACACAAUUUUGUAUAUAUGCCAUGAGAAAACACUGAUGCAAUUCAGCACCUCCUUCUUACGCUAUCCCCUCCAGUGCCAAUAUAUGACAUCAGAAACCACAGACAGGAAAUACAGACCUUUAGAUGUUGUUGAACUAAUACUCCCAGCAAGAUUUGUCAACGUGAGCAAUACAGUUCAGGAAAAAUCAAAGUUGCCUGAAAUUGCCUUGCUACACAAUCCGGGAACCCAACUACAAUGGCACUGGUGUUCUAAAAGAUACUUUGUCUUCCAAUGUAAUUCCUUUAUUGUUUUGUUUCUUUUAUUCUUUAAUACAGAUAUGAUUGUGAGUGUUAUUUUAUAAUUAGACUUGUACAUUUAAAAGUGUUUUUUACAAACUCAUUUUAGUAUCCAUAGAAUAUCUUUUAUAUUUUUUAAUAUCAUUUAAAGCCUACAAGUAUUUAGCAGUUUGGGCCCAUAUGCAGAGGUUUAGUGAAUAGUUUACAUGAUGUAGAGAUAAAACAAGCCUGGUAUAUCCAUGCACUAAGAAAGGUGCUGUGCCAAUAGCCUGCUGUAUUUAUUAACCAUAUAGAAUACAAAAAGAAGUCAAUACUGAUAAUCUGUAGACAUGCCUAUGAGGCACAGGCACAUACACAGUUUUUUAUCAGCUGAAGUCUCGAGAUGCUGGUCUUUAUGAAUAUUGACAACGCCAAAAACCUUGACUUGACAACAGGAGAAUCUAGUAGAUAAUGUAAGGGGGAGGGGGAUACAGUAUAAGUAACCAUUUAAUUAUGGAUCAGAAAAUGGGUUCUCUGUCAUAAAAAUUAAAUAAAAUAUAUUUUUUUCACCAAAUACACCAAUACCGAAUCCAUGACUGUAGAAUUUCAGUUGACCAUUAAAAAGAUUUUAUUUAUAUAGUUAUACUUACCCUGUUUUCAACAAUUCAACAAAUUAAACAGUACAGUAAUAUAGAUCACUGUAUGUAUGAUUUUUUUCUUAUUUCUAAAUGUACCAUCUUGUCCUACAUAAAGCAUUCAAAGCUUUCACAUUGUCCAGAUUAUCAUCUAUACAACUGACUGCCUGUAGGUUAAAAGUGGCUUUCUAAAAACUCACUCUUCCCUUAGCCAGCUUUAUUCAAAGCUCUCCUCUUGGCCUUCUACUUUGAAUGGUUCACUAGAGACUUUUCAUUCCAACACACAGAGUGGUAAUUGAAAUUAAUUAUUUUAUGGAAUUACAGUAUUUGGUUAAACACUGUUUAAAAAAAAGUUGAAAUAAUAAAAUAUUCUUGUGGACAUGGAAGAACAGUGAAAAUACUUAUAUUAUAUGCCAAUAGGCUCCCCCGGAGCCUACAGAUUCAGAAGCAUCAGCUUAACGACACAGAAGCCGUGAUAGAUAAGGCUUUCUUUACUAAAGGCAAAUCGGCUAAUCACCUUGCAAGGAAAAUUUUCAUUAGCCUAGUGAUUGCGGAGAAAAUGCCCUUGCAAAGUAAACAGCCUAUUUUCCUUUAGUAAAUCAAACCUAUGGUCUCAAACCUAACCUCUAUUGUGAGCCAAAUUACUAGUUGCAGGAUUUCUUUAUGGAAACGUAGAUGAAUUUAAUAAAAGAUAAGACUAGAGCUUUACUUGUGCUGUGUGGAAAUUUUACCCCAUAUAUGUCUGGCACUGCCGUAGUACAGGUUUAAAUACCACUGAAUUACAAUAUAAAAGAAAAAUUUGUAGGAGAGACCUCACACAACAUAAUAAAUAACCAAGUUACAGUAAAAUCAUGAAGAGUUAUACCUCCUGGUAAAUGUAACAGUUAAAGGACGAACCUGUAUUUUUCAGCUUUUUAAGUUUUUGUAUUGGUGAAACAUAUAUGAGUCAGUACUGUCCAGCUCCAGUCCUUGAGGUCCACAUUCAUGUUUUCCAGACAGGCACAGUCAUUUUACUUCAUUGACAUUGCCUCACUUUGUUAAUAGAGGGAUCCUAAAACAUGGAAGAACCAUGGUCUUUGAGGACUAAGAUGGACAGUUAUGUAGUAAGUUAUUGCCUGUAGACAUUCUUCUAGCAGCUGUUGUGUAAAUGUACGGGAAAUAAUUUUAUUAGAAACCCACAGCUAUUGAAACAUUUACUUUGUUCAAAGAUGUUAAAGUGUACUUGUUGCUUUUACAUGUUUAGCCAUUUUGUUUUUGGAACCAAGAAUUGCACCCAUCUGGUUCCUAGCAACUAGUGUCCUCAUGCUUCUGUGAUGUCAUCAAUUCUUGGAGGAUCGAUUGCCUGUGUGAUAUUAAAUAAUGUUUUAGUCCCAGCAUGGCUGCGUACAGCAGGUGUGCAUGAAAACUGGUUUGCUGUAGGUGUUAAGCCACAUUCAAUAGAUGUUUGACUUGUACUCAUACUUUACAGUUGCUUUACUUUGUGUGAGAUUUGUAAUGACAUCAGACACAUAUGCACUUUGUGUAAAACAAAAUAAAAUACAUUUUUUAUAUGGUG